AUGCGCAAAGCCGAUAUACCGGACGAGGAGUUCGAGCCUACAACUGCGGAGCUGAAGGCAGCAUAUGCAUCCCAGCAGAGACGCGUGGUUGCUCUGACAAAUGCACCCCUUAAGACGCAAGCAAUGAAGAAGCGGGAUGAGGAGGCACGUCUCAGUCGGUGGCCUACGACAAAGAUACGGAUAAAAUUCCCCAACCAACUCAUUCUGGAGAGGUCAUUCCCAUCCACAGAAAAAAUAAAAUCUGUCUAUCAAUUCGUUCGCAGUUCACUCAUUGAGGAAGCACAAUCGGAUAAAUUCAUACUUUAUCAGCCACCUAAACGAGAAUUAAAAGUUUCUGACCCAGAAGUGAGACUACAAUCAUUAGCACAAUUAGAUCUUGCCCCGUCAUCCUUAUUGCUAAUCAAAUUCCAGACCGAUGGCUACAAUGAUCCGAUACGUCCCCCACCUCUUCUCUCACAACUUCUUGAACAAUCGGUCCCACUCCCCACUCCAAAAAGAGAACAAGAGCCUCCAUCUUCAUCUUCCUCAAAGAUGGGCCCCCUCGCCUCUAGCUUGGGAAAGAAGAUUCCAAAAUGGUUUAAAAAGUAAC